GUAAAACGCUUCAAAUAAAUGGUACGUUCCGAGGAGGCCAGUUUAGAGUAUAACGUAAACGACGCAGCUUCCUUUGCUAACCUCAGAGCAGUGGAGGGUUUGUUCUUCAGCUAACAGCACUCACCAUGGCGUCCACUGAGAUAGCAAGGCAAGCUGGCGAAGGAGUUCGAGCUGUGCCUCUGGCAGGUCACGUCGGCUUUGACAGCAUGCCUGACCAGCUGGUCAACAAGUCUGUCAACCGUGGUUUCUGCUUCAACAUCCUCUGCGUUGGUGAGACGGGUCUCGGCAAGUCCACUCUGAUGGACACACUGUUCAACACCAAGUUUGAGGGCGAGCCCACCCAGCACAACCAGCCAGGAGUGACGCUGAAAUCCAACACCUACGAACUCCAGGAGAGCAACGUGCGCCUCAAACUGACUGUCGUCAACACAGUGGGCUUCGGCGACCAGAUUAACAAGGAGGACAGCUACAAAUCCAUUGUGGAGUUCAUUGAUGCCCAGUUUGAAGCAUACCUCCAGGAGGAGCUGAAAAUCAAGCGCACGCUACACAGCUACCAUGACACCCGUAUCCACGCUUGCUUAUAUUUUAUCGCACCAACGGGACACUCGCUGAAAUCCCUGGACCUGGUGACGAUGAAAAAACUGGACAGCAAGGUCAACAUCGUCCCCAUCAUUGCCAAAUCGGAUGCCAUCUCCAAGAGUGAACUGGCCAAGUUCAAAAUCAAAAUCACCAGUGAGCUGGUCAGCAACGGGGUCCAGAUUUACCAGUUCCCCACAGAUGACGAAUCCGUGGCAGAAAUCAACUCCACCAUGAACAGCCAUUUGCCCUUUGCCGUGGUGGGGAGCACAGAGGAAGUGAAGAUUGGUAAUAAGAUGGUGAAGGCUCGGCAGUACCCCUGGGGGACGGUGCAGGUGGAAAAUGAAAACCACUGUGAUUUUGUGAAACUACGAGAAAUGCUGAUUAGAGUGAACAUGGAAGAUCUGCGAGAACAGACCCACACACGCCACUAUGAGCUCUACCGCCGCUGCAAACUGGAGGAAAUGGGCUUCAAGGAUACGGAUCCUGACAGCAAGCCCUUCAGUCUGCAGGAGACAUACGAGGCAAAGCGGAAUGAGUUCAUGGGUGAGCUGCAGAAAAAGGAAGAAGAAAUGAGGCAGAUGUUUGUGCAGAGAGUUAAAGAGAAGGAGUCCGAGCUCAAAGAAGCAGAGAAGGAGCUGCACGAGAAGUUUGAUCGCUUAAAGAAACUCCAUCAGGACGAGAAAAAGAAGCUUGAGGACAAGAAGAAGACCCUGGAUGAUGAAGUGAACACAUUCAAACAGAAAAAGACUGCGGCAGAGCUCUUGCAGAACCAAGCUCAGCAGGCAGGGGGCUCCACCACUCUCAAAAGGGACAAAGAGAGGAAAAACUUCUUUUAACCUGUCUUGACCACCUGAAGAGGGGAUUGCAGCUUCAGCAAGAACUAAGCACCCUUUACCUCCUGCUUUUUUCUCGUUGUGUCAGCCUUUUUAUUCUCCUCAUUGCAUCUUCAUUUUGUUUGAUACGGCCUUAUGUGGACUCACAUGGUAUUUCUGACCACCAAGUAAAGCUCUAAAACCAGGGACAGAUUAAAAUCUGCUGUUAUGUCUUAAUGUACAUAGAGAGACUCUUAUAGUUAGCAGAAGAUUUCAGGAGGGGUUCACACAUUUUCAGGAUUCACGCGUACAAUCAUUAAGCGAUCUUUUUCUUUAAAUCUAACAUGACCUGCACUAUGCACUCAUUAAAAUAAUUCAAAAUACAAACUCAUAUUAAAUUAAACUAGAGAAAUGUUUGAGGAAAGAAGGAAUUCAGUGGAUGAAAUUAUGAACAAAUGAGUAGAAGUCUUUUUUUAAUAUAUAAUUAAAAACCGUUUUACACUUCAAAAUAAACUAGUCCUAAAAACACCAAAGCAGUUUCUAUGGUUCCCGUCUUCAGGUACACCAUUAAAUACCAUGGAGGUCACAUGCCAGGAGCUUUUAUUACACGUUGUUCUUUAACAUUAACUGGUCUGCUCUAUAUUUUGCAUGCAUCUUUUAUUUAAGUUUCAUUACUACUGUAAUCUUUCUGGUUUUUAUUCCCUGAAAAUUUGAACUCUGCAGUCUGUUCCUUUCGUUGAUGUUUUCUUUAAAAAAAUAUGGUGCAUUUAAUCAUUGUAUAUUUGCUCUGUCCCAUGAUUUCAGCUCCCAGUUUGCCAAAUGAGUUGAACAGAUACCCAGAUAAAGAGUAUUAAAAAUACUCGUGCAUUUAUAUAAUUUAUAAGGAUAUAUUUUGUGUAUUGAAGUGGAGAUUUGUUGUUUAUUACUUAUAAUGUUUGGAUGUGGUUCUUUGGAGUGUAAAAGUGACAUUUUGAUGUCAGGAGUUGCAAUACAUGUUUUUUCUAGUAUCUGCCAUCACCUCUUCUUGUUGAAUCCUCUAUGACACUACAAAUGAUUCAGUAUCCUGCUUUAGUUUGACUCCAUUGAUGUACAUUUUGAAUAAAAAAAAUUAACCCAA